AUGCUACCUGAUAUCACACCGGACGAGAUUCGGGAUGAGCCCGAGAUCUCACUUGUGGAAAGGGCGCUGGCUGAUUGUGUCCUCCGCCUCGCACUUCUUGGGGAAAUAGGCACUGCCAAAGAGCUCGUCGAACUCUUCCUGGAAAAUGGCUCCACCGUGGGAACUUGGAUCAUCGACCAGUUUCUCAAAUUUGCGUGGGAAGCAUCUGGUCAAUGGCCGGAAGGGUGGCCAUCUGACAGAGCUGAUAUACCUCCGGAGGAAGAAUAUCAGCAGAGCAGGAACGCGAGCUGGAUGGGACUUCCAAAGGAAAAGAACGACGAAAAUCGUGCGGUGCUCGACGCUUGCCUGGCAGUUGACGACGACAUCCAUGCUGACGCAAGAUCUGGCGCUUCUGCUAUGUACAAGGGCCAAAGACUCAUCCGAGCGCUUGAGUUAUCCGUGAAGUUACACAACAUCCAGCCAAAGUCCAAGUGCACUAGAAAUGACCGUGCAUCGAAGAAGAGUAAAGAUGAGGAGGGCCAGGCCGUGGAACAACCAAACGAAUCAGACGCGCAGUUCAAGAUGUCUAAUCUGGAUAAAGAAAGUGCCCAGAUUUUGAACAAAAUAGUGGCCCGGCUUCGUGCUAACCAUCAGGUAAAGUACCUGGGCGAGGCGAAAUCGUUGUGGCCGUUUUGGGUGAGAGGACUCAUGGCGGACGCGGUGGAUAUGAGCCAGGACGAAGUCAGAACAAAGGGUCAAGCCUUUUUGGAAGCCUUCAAAGACCGAUUCCAGCGCAGUUACGUACCGUCUCGUUUUGCUGGCAAGCCGAUCAGAGAGCUACUGGAGAUUGGUGAGAAGAACACGAAACACUACCUCACGGCCGAAGAAGCCGACAUGGGCUCUGUUCCUGAGGCAUUGUUCAAACAGGCCGCCACUGAUGAAGAGAUCGAGCGUUUGGAAGAGCGCCUGAAGACUGUGCUACCAGACGAUUACAAAGAGUUCUUGAAAAUCACUAACGGGUUUGGAGACGACGAUAGCGGCAUCUUCAAUGGAUACUUCCCGGAUCCCGCUUUCCACGACACCUCAGCAGUGAACUGGAAUGAGGAGGAAUACUUCCAGUUGCCAGUCGACUUGCUUGAGUUACCAAGAGAGUACGAGGACCUCGUGGGCCAGGAACACAAGCAAAGCCAUCCAGACGGGGAUUUUGAUUGGGACACGGCUUUCCCUAUAUUCGAUCGUGUGCUCGAGGUAGGCACUCGCGACAUCGAUAACCUUUGGUUGGUCCAUCCUGGACUGGUGGAGCAAGCCCGUGAGCAGUACCACAAGAUGUAUGUCAACGGCGAUGAGAAGCAGAAGAACGUCAUCAAGCGGGCCAUGGAGUCUUUCGCUGGUAGCAAGGACGCUUUCGAGAGUAUGCAUUGGUGCUUUGCGAAGUGGUCGUCAGGUGGCUCUGCUUCUAUGACCUUCUACCCCAGUUUCACCAAGUAUUUGGAGCAUAUUGUCGACAGGUCGAUGGAGAACAGGUACACUGGACCGUGA